GCCAGCGGGGUGGCUGCCGCCGCGGCUUAUUACAGCUGCUGGAGCAGCAACGGCCCUCGCCCCCGGGCACCCCUCCCGGGCCUCGAGCUCCGGCCGCGCACGAGCAGUGGCAGGAGAGGGGCAGCAGGAUGAAUGUGGGAACGGCGCACAGCGAGGUGAACCCCAACACGCGGGUGAUGAACAGCCGUGGCAUCUGGCUUUCCUACGUGCUGGCCAUCGGGCUUCUCCACGUCGUGCUGCUCAGCAUCCCCUUUGUGAGCGUCCCCGUCGUGUGGACCCUCACCAACCUCAUCCACAACAUGGGCAUGUACAUCUUCCUGCACACGGUGAAGGGGACCCCCUUUGAGACCCCAGACCAGGGCAAGGCGAGGCUGCUAACCCACUGGGAGCAGAUGGACUAUGGAGUCCAGUUCACGGCAUCUCGGAAGUUCCUGACCAUCACACCCAUCGUGCUGUACUUCCUCACCAGCUUCUACACCAAGUACGACCAGAUCCACUUCAUCCUCAACACCGUGUCCUUGAUGAGCGUGCUCAUCCCCAAGCUGCCCCAGCUCCACGGAGUCCGGAUUUUUGGAAUCAAUAAGUACUGAGGGUGCAGCCCCGUCCCCUGCCUGGGAUGGCAGGGGAGGGGUGGAAGCCUGUGCUGUGAUGCUGAAGACAGAAGGAGCCGCUGGGUACCGCCAGAGAUGUGGGUUGAGCCUCUGGGCCCUAGUUUCCCCCUCACUUCCCGCAGUAGCAGACUUGAAGUAGUUUGGGGUGGGCCCCCCUGGGGCUCUGACCCCUUCUGAUUUUUUUGAUCUUUUCCUUUUGCCUCAUGGGGGUGCUCCUGGAAUGGGCUGGGCUCCUGGGCUGAACACAGACCUAUGAGGUUGGGACAAGAGGCCAGGGAAGCCCCCCUGCUCGCUUGCGCCUCCUUGGCCUGCUAAAGCACUUUAACCCCCGUGAGCAGGGCAGAGGGAACGGUACAGCUUCUAGUUUGUUUCACUUUAAUUCUUAAGUCUUUAGGAUGACACUUAGUGUGUGCUUCUAUAUACGAAAGCAGUUGUGUGAGAGCGCCUCAUCCCUCUGGGUAGAGAAUUGUCUAAUUCAAGUCAGACAGCUCCCGUACAGCCCUCCCGCCCGGGGUACUAGGUGCGGGUGGGGAGGGUAAGGAGAUGUGGGGGGUGGGGCUGAGUGUGCAUGGCCUGGUCCCAGAGGUGGGGGGCCAGG